AUGUCAUUAGCAACCCUAGAAGAUUACCGCAAGGUUUUUGUCAAAGAAGACGCCAUUCUCGAGCCAAACGUCUAUUCCGAUGGAUUGCUGGGCUAUUUGAACAGGGGUGGUGCUCCCAUGGAUGCAGUAACCACUCUUUCAGAAUCUUAUGUUGGAAUUCCUUCAAUGUGUAAUGUCACAGCUGAAAGUGCUGCUGCGAUUGGAAUCGACACUACUGGUAUCAUGCAGGCUGCGCUCAAGACAAUGUUGGUCAAACAAUUCAACCCAGUUGUAUUCGAUAAUUUUUUCAUGACUUCUGAAAAUCAUAUUGACCCAGCUUGGUUGCAAAGCUUAGUAGACGAUGCCUCCUUUAGACAGACUGCCUACAAAUUACUCGAGAUGCACCCUCGUUGUGCAUUUUUAAAUUUAAUUGUCUUGAAAGCGGCUGAAUCGGGCUAUCGUAGUGAACUAUCUUCGCUAAAGACGUCUUCUACCUAUCUUUUGAUCUAUAAUCAAAUUCUUGAAGAAUCUUUAAACAAAUUUAUUGGAAUGGAUGAUCUUGCUGUAGAAGAACAUCUACCCGAUCUGGUGAGAGUAUGCUGUGAAAGAGAAGAAACAUAUAUGUACGCCCAAAUGGUGCUCUACAAGCUGCGUGAAGAGUAUAAUGGCCAGCCACUGAUUCGUCUAAUUGCAGAAUUAGAAAAGACUGCCAGUAAACACGGGCGUCAAUCGUUUGUAGACAUUCUGAGAGCUUCUCUUUCAGAUGCGGCACGGCCAUUGGCAGCAGCUAUAAAAGCUAUUCUUGGGAGCAGGCAGUUGACAGCUGGAGAUAUCCGAACUAUCUACAGCAUGUAUUACACAUCGGUUCCUCCACCUGUCCAUCACAUAUGUCGCUUUGAUUUCCUUGAAAUAUUGCUCAAAGCUGUCUAUGUACCUGAUAGCGGGCCACAAUUAAGACCGGAUACCAUCGACCAAGCCAUAUUCUUGAUUUCAUUUGCAGUAACCGUUAAAGACACAGACAACAAGCCAGUAUUAACUUUGUAUCUAUCUCAGCAAUCAGAGACAAAUGAGGUAGUUGGAAUACUGAAGAACCUACAUGUUGCCCUGAAAGAAAAAUCAAAGGGUGCAGAUUUUUCGGGAGCAAUGGAGGCAAUACUGACAGCUAUUAGAUUACCUGUGGGAUCAAUGGCAGUAUUGAUGUGGGUUGAGUAUAUAUCUAUUAAGACAGCUUAUUAUGAAAACUAUUACCGUACUACCGAGAUUCCACUCCCUCAUCUUUUGUUGGAUGAGAUUGCAGACCGACAUCCUCUUCAACAACCGUUUGUUUUCAAUGUCAUUAAGCGGUGUAUAGUCCAUCGCUACCAAAAUUUCGCUCCCGAGAUUCUGAUGGUAUUGCAAAAAACAUGGGUUGACCGUCUUUUGUACCUUGUUCAAUUACACUAUACUACCCCUGUGUUGGAUUACAUGAAGGGUGAAGGCCAAGAAUUAGAUGACAGCUUGACUGUUCAUUUUAUUGAAAAGGUUCUUAACAUGUGCCAAUCCCCUUACUCUGCUGUGUUUGUUCAGUCUAUUGCUGAGAUCGUAGAACGUAUCAAGGUAACUCUGCACUUGCUAAAGGAUGUAGAGGCCAGGGUUACACUCUUUUUUGGUAAGACACAACAUUACAGUUUGGCUCGCGUAUUCAUCAACACAUCUUAA